CCUCAAUGCUCGGCAUUUGCCGUGUAGUUUGAUCGCUCCCCGUCUCUCACUCCGCCACCGGCCACCGUCACCGCCCACAGCCUGAUCGAUCAAAUGGACCGCCGAGCGUCAACCUGCCACGUGGUGGCGGUGCCGUAUCCCGCACGAGGCCACAUCAACCCCGUGUUGAACCUGUGCAAGAUCCUAGCCUCCCAAGCCCCGCACGUCGCCAUCACCUUCGUACUCACCGAGGAGUGGCUUACCCUCAUCGGCUCCGACCAGAAUCCGAGCAACACGUCCUUCGCCACCAUCCCGAACGUGCUCCCGUCCGAGAGGGUCCGUGCUCAGCACUUCUCCGAGUUCGUCGAGGCCGUCUUCACGAAGAUGGAAACCCCGUUCGAGGAGCUGCUCGACCGGCUCCGCCCUCCGCCGACCCUCAUUGUGGCCGACACAUUCCUGUCCUGGGCGGUCCGCAUCGGGAACCAGAGGAACAUUCCGGUGGCCUUGUUUUGGACUACUGCGGCCUCAAAUUUCUCCUGCUUGUACCCCUCCCAACUUCUUGAGCAGAACGGCCGUUUACGACAGAAUUUGUCAGAGGACGAAACGGUGGAUUCCGUUCAAAUGCAUUUGACGGACUUGGUUGAUGAAAAGAUUGGGCAGAGUAUGCGCCAAACAAUCGACUGGGUCCGUCGAGCACAGUACUUGUUGCUUUCUUCUGUGUACGAGAUCGAAUCUCAGACGGUUGACGCUCUGAAGCUGAGCCUGUCGUUUCCUAUCUACACCAUCGGUCCAUCCAUCCCUUACUUCGAGCUCGAAGACAAUCCUCGCUCGACCAGCGACUUGAGUUACAUAAUAGAUUGGCUGGACUGCCAGCCGGCCCGCUCUGUUUUAUACCUGUCCCUAGGCAGCUUCCAUUCGGUCUCGAGCUCCAAAAUGGACGAGAUCGCGGCAGGGCUGCGCGACAGUGAUGUCCGGUUCUUGUGGGUGGCGCGCGACGAUGGUUCUAGGCUGAAAGGACUGUUGCCGGACGGCAACAAGGGGAUUGUGGUGCCAUGGUGCGAGCAGUUGAGGGCAUUGACACAUCCAUCCGUCGGCGGGUUCUGGACCCACUGCGGGUGGAACUCGAUCCAAGAGGGUGUCUAUGCGGGGCUUCCAUUCUUGGCGUACCCGAUAGCCUUGGACCAAGGUCUCAAUUGCAAGCUCGUUGUGGACGAUUGGAAGGUCGGGUGGAGGGUGGACAAGAGCGAGGGCGACAUCUCGGGGCUAGUGCGCAAGUUCAUGGAUUCGGGCAAUGGCGAGAGCAGAGAGCUGAGGAGGAGGGUCAACCAGCUUCGAGAGUUAUGCAGCCACGCGAUUGGGUCGGACGGUUCGACCGGGUCUAAUAUCGGGGCCUUCAUUAGGGACAUAUCGCGCGAUGCAGCGAAAAUUCAGGACAGUAGUUAGUAGUUCAAUCUCUCGUUGAACAUACCGGGUUAUUGUCCUCUGUCAAUUUUCGGUACCAGUAAGAUCGGGAAAGUGUUGGUAAAAAAGUUGAUUGGCAACUUGUUUGGUUCUGUCACAAAUUAGCAUCUUCCUAUCGGUUCAAAUAAAAGUUGCACAAUGGUUUAAUUAUUAAACUUACCAACAUUUCUUUCGCAGAUCACCAAGGUGCUAAUAUCAUUAGUGUUAUACGAAA